GUUCCCCCUAUAUUUGAGCCACAUCCGCUUUGAUGAUUAAGAUCACAUUACUUCGAAGCAAUAACUUGGUUAACCAAUAAAUCAUCCUUCUCCUAGUGGCCUUUCGAAUCUUUAUCACCAGUUCUUGCACAAGGAAGAAUGGGUGGACGAAUUGGGCUGAUCUUUGUUUUCUUGUUGGUUGCUGGCUUGGCCUGUGAUGCUCGAGAGUUGACCACUACCUUGAGAAACAAGGUGUCUGCAGUUUCAGUUUUGCGAUCAAAGGCUGAGAAGAGAUUUGGAGUUUUAGGAAACGUUAAAAAUGACAACCUGUGCAGUUUGUGUGAAGAGUAUGCUAGUGAAGCUCUCUUUUACCUUCAACAAAACAAGACCCAGGAGGAGAUUAUCUUCAUCCUUCACGAGUCUUGCUCCAAGCUACGAUCACUGGAGGGUCAGUGCACCACUUUAGUAGAUUACUAUGCUCCUCUAUUCUUCCUUGAACUCUCUACCAUCAAACCUUCUGAUUUCUGUGGGAAGGUUAAUCUCUGCAAUGAAGUCGUUGCUUAUGCUCAAGAAUUCUCCCAAAACAGCUGCGAUGUUUGCCAUUUGGCUGUUUCAGAAGCCGUUACGUUGUUGAAAAAUCCUGAUAAUCAGUUGGAAAUCCUGGAGUUGCUCCUACAGCAAUGCAAAACAGUGGAGAAGUACAUACCAAAGUGUAAAACGUUGGUAUUCGAAUAUGCGCCUUUGAUCCUCGCAAACGCUGAACAGUUCCUUGAGAAAGAAGACAUUUGUGGAAAGCUUCAUGCAUGUGAUUCUUAUGCAUCCAUUGAAGAAGCUUCAAAAAUUUCAGAUAACUGAAAAUGGCAGAUAUGGGGGAUGAUCUCUGCUUCUGCUUCUGCUUCAAUGAAUGGGUAUUAUUGUCAUUUUCAACACAAUGUGUUAUACUCUUGUAAAUUGAUGCUGUAAACUUUACAUUCCAACUGGACAAUUACUUCAUUGUCAACCUUGUAAGUAAGCAUUGCUUUUUAUUUGUGUGCUUAUGAUAUAGUUAAAAAGACCACCUUGCCCA